GCUCGACAACCGAGCCCUGCCCUUCUUCCCUUCCCUUCCCCACCCCGUCCGGGUCCCCGUGCGAUGGGGAGAAACGGAGAUGGCCGCCGUUUGAGGUGGCGGUGGCGACGCGGGGAGAUCCCCUCAGCACACGCCGAGGAGGAGCGGAGGCGGCGGCAGAUAUGAAGCUCUGUGCCCUGUGAUACUCAUUUUGCUGGUUCUCACCAUUGGAGGAUGGCUGCCCUUCUCUGUGAAAAUUGUUCUGGUCAGUACCACUACACCCAGGUCCACCAGCCUUUUGAAACCAGCUGCAUGUUGCUCCUCAUCAUGCUGGGAAAAGUGUUCCUUGAUUUCUUCAUGUUGCAAGUUCAGCAGAAAAAGGUGAAGGUUAGCUUUAUGAGAAACUUUUGUGUUUCACUGGCACUUCUCGAUUUCACGCUGCUGCUGAGUAUAUUUUUCAUUUUCUGUUUCGAGGACUUUGCACUCUGGGGGGUACGAUUUACAAAGUACCACAUUUGCCUGUUCACUCAAAUAAUUUCUCUUACCUACAGCAUUUUGCAUUACCCAGUCUAUCUUGUGGCUGGUCUGGAUUAUUACUUAACCAUAGCCCAAACCUCUCAAUUUCCUAAAAGGGCUCAAAGAUUACUUUACGUAUUCGCUGUGGUUAUCAUAUGGACCUCAGGGUUUUUUUGUAUUCUGAAAGUUCCUGCUCUCUAUGAAGAACUAGAAAUUCAGAACCGGCUUUCUCCUUACUGGUGUCCUCUCUACGCCAGCGCGCAGAGCUACUCUGUCUCCUGUGCCAUGGUGCUGCUCAUCAGCACGGUGCUGGUGGUUUGUCGGAAGGAAGUUCUGACCAUGCUGCUGUCCCUCAGGGUCAUUUCUGUGGCCGCUCAACCCGUUCUGAUGUUCUCCUAUGUCUCUAACAACAGCGGCGCUUCAUUUAAGUGGCAGCUCCUCACCAGGCUCCUCAUCUGUUUUCUUGGCACUUGGGCACCUUUUGUUCUCCUGCAAAUCAUCAUUUUGUUUCUCGACGUUCGGAUUCCAGCCUACAUGGAGAUGAACGUCCCCUGGUUGUACUUCAUCAACAGCUUUCUCAUCGGCGUGGCCUACUGGUGCCGCUGUCACGACGUUGAAUUGACCGAGGAGAUGUGGGCCACAGAUCCGUUUGUCAGCUGGAAAUUCUGCUUUAUGCCUUUUAACAAUGAAAACACAGAGCCAGCCGAUAAGCCAGGCACAGUAAUUGUCAUCUGUUAAUGAGCUGCUGACCAAAAGGACUCCAAAUUAAGUGCUGUGCGACAGAAGCCUGUGCUCUGACAGUCUGUGACCACGUCCUUACAGAUUAUACAAGGAAACGUCUCCAGAGCUACACUUGGUGGAAAAAAAACCAGUUCAACAUCCACCAAUACCACAAUAAAUAUUGCACCAGAGUGUGGGACACCGCAUGCUUCCACACUGGGUUCCAGUUCAGAGAAUUUAACUUGAGAGUAGGGGUUUAAGUAAAGACCACUACUCACAAAACCCAAGCUUUCAGUUAAACCUUACAACUAGGAUUUUACACUUGCUUUAAAUGGAAUGAUCUCAGGUUUUUAUAGUACAAAACACAAUAAAGUCUUAUUCAAAGCUGGAGCCCUUUUCUCCGUUCCGUACACGCGUUA